AAGAUGUAUAGUAUAGAUGGCACUUUCAUCGAAUAUUGCAAAAUCCAAAUGGAUCUCUUCAUGACAUAGAAGAGUACCGGUGUACGUUCUUUGAUUUUGCGUUUUUAAAUUAGAUCCAAAAAGGAUAUAAACUGAAAUUAUAACAAUGACGGCAUUCGAAGAAAUGGGUGUUUUACCCGAAAUCGCGAAAGCAGUUGACGAAAUGGAGUGGACAUUGCCAACUGAUGUUCAAGCUGAGGCAGUUCCACUAAUUUUGGGUGGUGGAGAUGUGUUAAUGGCUGCAGAAACUGGCAGUGGGAAAACUGGUGCCUUUUGUCUACCAGUUUUGCAAAUUGUCUGGGAAACUUUCAAGGAUCUAGAGUCUGGUAAAACAGGCAAGACCUCGAGCAAUAGUGGACAUCAGCAACAUUCUUCACAUUGGUCAUUAAGUUUAUUUGAUAGAGGUAAAGCAUUAGCUGUGACUCCGGAUGGCUUACGAUGUCAGAGUCGUGAACAGAAAGAAUGGCAUGGCUGUAGAGCAAACAAAGGAAUUCUAGGGAAAGACAAAUACUUCUUUGAAGCUAUAGUAACUGAUGAAGGAUUAUGUCGUGUAGGCUGGUCUACGUCUCAAGCUUCACUGGAUUUAGGAACAGAUAAAUUUGGUUUUGGAUAUGGUGGUACUGGCAAAAAAUCAAAUGCAAAACAAUUUGACAAUUAUGGAAAGGCUUUUGGAAUGCAUGAUGUUGUUGGAUGUCUUCUGAAUUUAUCAAAGGGAGAGAUUAGCUUCACAUUGAAUGGUGUGGAUCUGGGUCCAGCAUUUACUCUGAAUGCACAACAAAAAUCACAGACUUUUUACCCAGCUGUAGUAUUGAAAAAUGCAGAAAUGUCAUUCAAUUUUGGAGCACAGCCAUUUAAGUAUCCCCCUCCAAAUGAUUAUAUAGCUGUUGCUUCAGCUCCUAAGGAAGUUAUAAAUGAGAAUCCUAUAAACAGUAGCCAAACUCAUAAGGAAAAUGGCAAGCCUAAAUGCAAUGCCCCUCAAGCUAUAAUCAUGGAACCUUCGAGAGAACUUGCUGAACAAACAUAUAAUCAAAUUCAAAAAUUUAAAAAACAUUUGAAAGAUCCAGUCAUUAGAGAAUUGUUAGUUAUUGGAGGAGUUAGCGUAAAAGAACAAAUUGCUACAUUAAAUUCCGGUGUGGAUAUAGUAGUUGGAACACCAGGUCGUUUAGAAGAUUUAAUACAAGGCGGCUACUUGUCCUUAACACAUUGCAGGUUUUUCAUUUUGGAUGAAGCCGAUGGUUUAUUGAAGCAAGGCUACACGGAAUUAAUCGAUCGUUUGCACAGACAGAUACCAAAAAUUACAUCAGAUGGGAAAAGAUUACAAAUGAUCGUUUGUUCUGCCACACUGCAUGCAUUUGAAGUUAAAAAAAUGGCGGAACGUUUGAUGCACUUUCCAACGUGGGUAGACUUAAAAGGUGAAGAUGCAGUUCCCGAAACAGUACACCAUGUUGUUGUAAUAAUCGAUCCACAGAAAGAUAAAUCUUGGCACAACUUAAGGAAACAUAUAGAAACUGACGGUAUUCAUAACAGGGAUAACAUAAGACCUGGAAAUAACAAUCCUGAGACACUCUCAGAGGCUGUGAAAAUACUAAAAGGUGAAUACUGUAUUCGUGCCAUUAAAGAACACAACAUGGACAGAGCUAUAAUUUUCUGUAGAACUAAAUUAGACUGCGAUAACUUGGAACGAUAUUUGAAACAAUCUGAUAGAAACGAAUUUUUAUGUGUAUGUCUCCACGGUGAUAGAAAACCUGCGGAACGCAAAUCUAAUUUAGAGAAGUUCAAAAGGCAGGAAGUAAAGUUCUUGAUUUGUACCGAUGUCGCAGCUAGAGGUUUAGAUAUUUCGGGAUUACCUUUUAUGAUUAAUAUGACCCUACCUGAUGAAAAAUCCAACUACGUACAUCGCAUAGGUAGAGUCGGUAGAGCUGAACGAAUGGGUCUAGCAAUUUCAUUAGUUAGUAAAGUUCCUGAAAAAGUAUGGUAUCACGGCGAAUGGUGUCCUUCUCGUGGAAGGAACUGUUCCAAUACUAAUCUUACUGAUAAGGGUGGUUGUUGCAUUUGGUACAACGAACCAAACUACUUGGCUGAAAUUGAGGAUCAUUUAAAUGUCACGAUUCAACAAGUCGAUGCAGAUAUAAAGGUUCCAUUAAAUGAUUUCGAUGGGAAAGUUGUAUACGGAGAAAAGAAAGCAGCCAUGGGUUCAAAUUACCAAAAUCAUGUACAGCAAAUGGCGCCCUACGUUAACGAAUUAUCUUCUUUGGAAUCAAAAACACAACUUUUAUAUUUGAAGAGGCAUAUGGUAAAAACGAGCUAAAAUACUUUUAAAUGCUAAUACGUAAUCAUAUGAGAAUCUACGUUCACUAAGCUUCUCUAUCUUUGAAUAUUAUAUUUCAAUAUGUUAUACCAGUGUUUGAAUAGUCUCUUAAUAUUUAUAAACGUAGUGUACUUCUAAAUGUAAUAUAUAAAUUUGUUACAAGUAAUAUAACAUCUUAGUUCUCGUAACAAUGUGUCUCGACAUUUACUUCAUAAUUAAUUAUUAAUAGAUAUUAUUAAUAUAUUAAUGAAGUAUUCUUGAUAUAUCAUUUCUAAAGACAUAAUAGCACUUAAAUAGCACUUAGAUAGUAUAUGUGUAUAUAAGACAUACGGUAAGUGUUUAUUGUAUUUUUAUAAUUUUCAUAAUUGUACCAUCACUAUUUUAGUUACACAAAUGUAUUAUACAGUGGCCUUGCAGUGUUGUUAGUUUUGUAAUUUUCACAAUAUCUCUUUGUAUGUUUUUUGUGUUUUGUAUAUGGCACGUGCGCAAACGCGCGCAUGUUGUGAUUCAGUUUUGUAUAGUAUAUAUGUAUAUAUUAUAUACUCUUAGAAUUUACUAAAUGAUCUUUGUUUAAUUACACAUAAUAAUUUAUACACAUUUCUCGAAAUCAAUAAUAAACGACUAAAGUUAUACAGUAUACAAAUCAUACUGUUUGCUUUCUGCAUUCAGAUAUAGCGUACGUGUUCUCCCUUUCUUUCUUAAAUAGUGUAUAUGAUUUACGUGUUAACACACGUUACACGGACAUAACACGUUUAUGUUAUUCACACGAGCGAACGAGACGCAUGUAUCUUCACACUUGCAGAUGGUUUCUUUUUAUUCCUUUUGCACAAUUAAUACAACACGAGCCGAACUUUUUAUUCACUAUAAUAAUUUAAUUGAUUAAUCAGCAUAGAUCCAUGAAAACAUUUCUUUUUUCCCUUCAUAUUCAGACAGUCAUCACAGAAUGAGAAUGAAAUAUUUUUUGUAUCUUCUUGUAAUUUAAAAACACAUUUACAGUCGUACGGAUCAUUCUUCCCUUUUUUUAAUGCACACUGGCUAUCACACACGCGGAAUUAUUCGAUCGCAUUAACUCAACAUGAAUUAUACUUAUAUAAUAUACAUAUAUAUUUAUAUGACAUAAAUAUAUACAUAUACUUAUUUAUAUAUUUAUAUAUAUAUAUAUAUAUCAGUUUAUUGUAUAUACUACAUGUCCACCCCACGAUUUUUACUUAAAUAGCUUCGACAACUAAACGACUCAGGCGAUCAAUACUUGUUCACAUAUUUUAUAUAGCAACCAUAUCUUUUCAUUUGAUUGGAUUGUACGCAAUGUUCGUCGGCUUAUGUAUCUCCUUUCUUUGCCCUUUUAUUACGCAGUUAUAUCAUAGAUACUCGUUAGUCUAGGAUUUAAAAAAGAAAUUCUCCGUGCUGGUUCUCAUGCGGACACAGCAUUUUAAUACCAAGAAAAAUCAUGGGGCGGGCAACAUUUAAUUUGGUUUCCUAACGAAUUUCUUGUGUUAUUACUCAUUUACAUCACACGUAUUUUUUAUUCCAUAUUUUUCUGUGUAUGUGUAUAUUUUUUUCUGUAUACGCGUUAUUAUUCAUUCACUCGUAUAUAAUUAGUGCUUAUUCAAAUAUUACUGUCCGAUGAUUCCUGCUUUCGCUUUUAGUUUUGCGUCUGCAUCAAUAGUUUCUUUCUUAAGUCUUCAGCUAAACAUACUUCUAAGAUACACGCAACAACGAAGUCAUUAAGAAUCAGGGAGGAAACCCGGUUUUUUUUUUAUUUAGAAGGGAGGGUGGACGUACUUAUCGACGAGUUGGUAAAACUCUUUUCACCCUCUCUCUUUCUUAGUUUCUCAGUUCUCAUACCUUAUUACAUGAAUACAUUUACACACGAACAAUUAAGUGAUCCGUUAUUCUUUCUUUGCAUCCCUAAGAUCGCCAAGAUAUAUUCCCUUCUCUUUUUACAUAAUUUUCAAUCAGUUUUCAAAUAACUGUAAUAUCCAAUAGAAUGUUCGCCAGUUUCCAAGUUAUAACAUCUCACUUCGAUCACCGUUCAUUUUUAUUUAUUCGGAUAUAAAUUCCGUAAUUUUAUAAAACGAUAUUAUCCUCGUAUCAAACGAAUGCUCGUGAUUCUUGAACGUUUUGGAUUCUAGCGAACAAUGCGAUAAAAACUAGAAAAAAGACUUCGAACAACACCAACGAUCGAUCAUUAUACACGUAGCUAUAUUUUUAUAUAAAUUACUCUGACAGAGUAUGUGGCAAGAGCCCAUAACUCUUCCCGUGUGUUUGUUUAUUGUUUAACGAAUAGGAUAAUUGCUGUGCUCGAGGCACAGACAGCUCCUUUUCUUGUCUUUCACAAUUUCAUUCAAUAAGUCUUCGAAUCAAAGUGGUUUUAUGUUGCAUCGUGACCCGGCAAUCUCAUCAACGAAAAAUUACAAAAGAACGCACGAUUUCCCAAUAUAAGAUUACUUUGAUGAUCCUAAGAGUACUAUUAAAGCAAUCUGGAUUUCCCAUCAAAUAUGAAGAAUCAACAAAACAAUUGAAAUAAGUGUUACAUCAGGCACGAUUCACGAUCAGGGACCAUUUGCAACCAUGACUUAUAACUGCUGACAAGAUAUUUUAGAUAAAAGACAGUGGAACAUUUUUUUAUUGCCUAUUCGUAAAUUCGAAUGACUGGAUGGGAGGGUAAAGUGGUGGUAUUGGAAAGAUUAUGUCGUCAUUUGGGGAAUUUACAGGGAACCGCUCUUGAUAUUUCGUGAUACUUUCACGGUGAGACCGUAUUACGUUUACACGUUCAUUCUACUAAUAAAAUGCUUGCUAAUCACGAACGUGUUCGUUACAUACAUCAAAACGAUUAGCGAAAAUAUUCAAAGAACUUUCCGAGGCAAGUCAUAAUUAUUCGACGUAAGCAAUUAAUUUUACUUUACUAUGAAAGAUAUCGAAAAGUAAAAAAACCGAAGGAAAUAACAACGUACGUAUCUUUGUUUCAAAUCAAUUAAGACAGAUUGGUACGCGUAUUCGAGCGAGAGACGUUUCCAUCUCUUCUGGCCCUCUAUGUUUUUCUCGGUGAAAAUAAUUUAACGAGAAAUAAAAAUAAUAUCUUCGCAUCUCUGCAUAUGUAGAACAUGCAUUGUUAUUUAUUUGAACGAUUAUUGUAAUCUCAAACGAUUGAACUUAUUGACUUUCCAUGCAUUCGUGCAUGCGUCAUCGAUUUACUAAUUCCGACAACUUUGAGAACGAUUAUCCAGUCUCUAUGCAUAUACGCAGAUGUAUACGUCGUUCACGUUGCAUUAAGACGACCUUCGCCUUGCAUUAAGACGUCUGAAAACUUCGUUUCUUACUAAAUCGUAUUAGAAUUAUGCACGGGACUAUGAUCGGAGCUUUGACAAAUGUCCGUCGUAAAGGUAUGACAUUUCUCUAGAUUUUCGUUCGUUCUUCCUUUCUUUCUUUCUUUCUUUCUUUUAAUAACGAAAGAUCGAAGUUUCCCUUUUCAAACAGAAAUAACUACGAUGUAUGAAAGACGAAUAUAUCUAUUAUUGGAAAGACAACCACAAUUCAAACACAGCGUUACAAUGUUCACUUUUCCAUCUGCACUGAUCGUGGUCAGUUUAAAUAAAUACAUUAUUCUAGAUUGGAUAGAUGAAUCUAAUUUCUUCCGAAGAUAGCUUUUUUUUUAACAAUGAUUACAGCAGUAAUCGUUAAUUACAAUAAUAAUGACGACAAUAAUGAGAGUGACGAUGAUAAUGACAAUGAAACGAUGACGAUGAUAGCGAUGAUAAUAUAAUAAUAAUAAUAAUAACAAUAAUAAAUGGUAAUAAGAAUAAUGAUAAUAGUACUAUAACUACAUUUUCCGUUUCAAUAAAAUCUGCCCGUGUAGAGACAAUUUUUUAUCGAAUAACAGUUUAACGAUAAGACGAUCACAAUAAAUGACUCUGUAUCCUUAACAUAAACGCGACCAUGAUAGCAUAAAACACGUAUUUAUCUACGAGCAAACGUUCCAUGACUUCGUUAGAAAGGUGUAACGAAUUGAAAAUCAGGAUGUCAAUUUUUUUUUCUCGGUAAUUCGUUCUUUCCGAGGCAGUUAAAAGAUCUGGAUGAUGCAAUCGUAUUCACGAAUCGAAUUUAACUGGAACAUUUAAUCAUUUAUCGACGGUAAUCACUAUUAACGUUGCUUCAUCAGAUCUUGUAUCUCUAUCUCUCGUUACGACGAUUCCAACUAUGCCCAUUCCAUCUACUUUGACUUUCGCUUUUUAAGGCAAUGCUCUCUUAGCAACGUGGUCCACAAAGAGUAUUGCGAAAUGCAAGCGGAUAAUGCGCUUCGUGGACGACGUGCUGCAUCGUGUUUUAUCGACGACUUGCAUUUGCACGACGGGGAUCGCGAGGAAAGAAGAAAUAGGGAGUGGUCCGUUUCGUACAAAACACGACUGGGCCCUUUGACUCUGUUUCAGCAUUGACGAAAACAAAAAAAAAAAGAA